AUGCCUGUUCCUGAAGGCUAUAUUUUGUUCAUUGUGAUGGAGAAAGUACCUGGUGAAUCUUUAGUAGACUUCUGGUAUCGUCCUCCCGAGGACCGUGAGAAGAUUCGCCGCGCGUUUCGUCGGUCCAUAGAGGAACUUUAUAGCCACGGCGGAAUGCAGAGGGACGAGGGUCUACGAAACCUUCAUUAUGAUGCCAAAAGUGACAAAUGGUACGUUAUUCCCAUGUGCUGUGGUCCCAAUGAUGGGCGCUAA